AAACAAUACGGGGGACAUAUUUACCUGUACACCGGUUGUGUCAACAUUGCUCAAUACCCGUAUGGACAACACCACCAGUUAAACAGUUUUACUGGUAGUAUUUCUGCUCAUAUUCGACCAUGUUUCUGAAUAAUCCUCCUGUUACAGUUUCAGUGAUUCGGGCGAAAUCCUGUUUUAUCAGCAGCAAUGGGACGAAGAGACCGCUAGCGUAUCACCAGCUGACGAGACCGUGUUGUAAGGAAACCAGUUUUAAAGGGCGUACUACAGUCCGACGUUUCUCCUGCGAGGAUGACGGUGGAUGUUGUGGAGACUACGGUUCGCAGUACUGCUGUAACGUACCCCAUUCCAGUCUGGCUGUGGGUCUCGGAGUCGGCCUCACUGUCUUUGUCCUCGUCCUACUCGUCAUCAUUGCUGUCACAGUCUACUGCUACAUGAAUAUCCACUACCACAAGAUGGGCCAGGAGAUCUACUGUGCCGGACGCUGCAGGUGUAAAGUUCGAGACGCAACGCAACCUGUCAGGCCGUUCAGCAGUAUCCAAGUCAACUUAAGCACCGUUGAGUCAACAUUCGAUACAGAAGUGUAUGAACCACGCAACCAGCCCUACCCUGAUCCGUGCGUCUUCAGGACGACCGUGGCGCCUCAAUUUCAGAACCGUCCAGCCAUUGAAGAUGACAGUCCGCCAUCUUACACGGAAGUCGUGGGUAAUCCAGAAGUAUUCGUCAACACUCGCUCCUUUCCGUAACCUGCAAGCCAAUUAGGCUUGUCCCGGAAUGACACGAGUUGGUCACGAAUGAUCCAGAAGCUUUCCGGUAGCCGAAUGUAUCAAAAUGACAACCAUGUCAAACGUCAAUCACUGGAUUGUCUAGUUAAGACUCCAUUAUUUACUUGCCGGAACACUGCUGGAAUAUUGGUGAGCGCGGUGUCAAACAACAAACAAAUAAACAAACGAUCUACCUCCAAUAUCCAGUUUUGCCCACGUCUAUUUUCAAGCUGCUGUUUUCAGUGCUUCACGACGUGGCACUACAUUGUAAUUUGCCUUGCAACUUGAUAAUAGCAAAUUAACACACAGGUUCAUUAUCACGUCAGCCAACAAUAAUAUAAUUCCCAGGUUUGAAUGUGCUUCACUGAUAGUGUGAUUGUGAGAAAAGACACGAGCCCUUAGUUUAGACAUGAGUUAGAAGUGCAAACUUUGUGUUAUCCCCGUAAAGAUUCGGGUUAGAAUUGGUUUUCAGCAACCCGUGCUUGUCCUAAGAGGCGAUUAACGGGAUCGGGUGGUCAGGCUCGUAUCCUAAUAGCGUAGAUGGAUGCUCAUGAUGUCCUUUUUAAAAAAAAUAUUUUUAUUUGAAAUCAGUAGACAUAUAUCUGUAACAUAGGUACAUGAGGUAUAUAAGUGUAGCGCUUCAUAGGAUCUUAACACAAGACCAAGAUAGCGGUAAUAAACAUAUAUUGGAUUAACUGAUAUAUUAUAAUAAGUAAGUUGAUAAUUCUUUCCAUUUUCUGUCAAAUGUAUUAAUACUACUAUUUUUCAUUGUAAUAUUUUCUUUUCUAUUUUACAUACAUCUUUCAAUUUUUUUAUGAAGAAAGGAGAGUUUUCUUAAUAUUUGACUGGUGAAUGUAUUUUUGCAAGAAGAAUUAUAUGGUUAAAAAGAGAGUUCUUUUUGUUGUAGCAAAAUAAUUUAUCUUGACUGGUAAUAUGAAUAUCAUAAGCAAGUUUCGAGUUUAGGUACAGUUCAAUUUCUAACCAAAAUUCCUUUACAAAAGCACCUUCUACAUAUACAUGGCAUAAAUUUUCAGAUUCAGAGAUACAAAAAGAGCUUAUAUCAUCAUCAAUUAACUUCAUUCUCAAUCAUUCCUUAUAGAGAGAGAGAGCUCUAUUUAUGAAUCUGUACUGUACAUCUAUUGGUACACAUUUUACAGUUGUAAAAACAUUAUUCCAUAAUAUGCUUUGAUUAAUUUCACGCAUCAGAGGAAAGUUAGUUGUAGCUAUGGGUUUAUCAUAAAAUAUUCUGGAGCCCUUUGUUCUUAUCAACAAGUCUCUCAAAAUGUUAUUU